AUGGGGAACAGGGAAGGUGUUGAGGGCUGGGACUGGCCAAGUCUGGGCCUGGGGGCUGUGCCAAAGGUGCAUGGAGGUCCAGAGACCAAUAUCAGGGGGUCAGGAGGUCAAAUGAGUGAUGCAAUCCCAGUAUCCAAGUGCUGGGAUGACCAAGGUAAAGACCAAGGUGACCAGCCAGGGGUCAGAGGUAGCUCAGGGGAGCUAACAGACAUGAGUCCAGUUGUUGAGGCUGGCUCAGGGGCAAGUCUGGAGGGUAACUCCAACUUGGAAGGGAACUCAGAUGUGAGUCCACAUGGUGAGUCUGACUCAGGGGCUGACAUGGCCAGUCCAGAGUCAGGAAAAAAUGAGGGGCAGACAGGGGUCAGGAGUGAGGGAGUGGAUGCAUUAAGUUUUGACCACUAA